CUAUCUGUUCCAGUGGUCCUUGCAAAAAUGGCGGACGCCGAUUCUUGGGAUGCUGACAGUUUCGAGCCAGAGGAGCCUAUCAAAAAGGCGGCAGUGCAUGACAAAUGGGAAGGCGAAGACGAAGACGAAGAUGUGAAAGAUAAUUGGGAUGAUGAAGAGGAAGAGGAAAAGGUGGCAGAAACGAAAGCAGUGGCAAAGCCUACAGAAAAGAAAAAACUUAUUGAUAAAAUCAAAGAAAAGGAAAGUUUACAAAGCAAACAACAAGAGGAACUUCAGAAGCAAGUGAGUAACGUAGAGGAGACUAAAGACAGCACAGAGUGCAGUCCAGAGGAGGAGCUAGCGGAAAAACUUAGAGUGAAGAAACUUCAAGAGGAUUCAGACUUGGAACUAGCAAAAGAGGCUUUUGGAAUUGUAUCAAAUAAUGUAACAGGAAUUGAUGCGAUGAGCCCAUCCUCCAAAGAUGAUUUCACAGAAUUUGAGCGGUUGCUAAAGGAUAAAAUAACUCCAUAUGAGAAGUCAAUACACUAUUCCAGCUUUUUAGAGUCACUGUUUAGAGACCUGUGUCUUUCAUUGGAAGUUGAAGACUUGAAGAAAAUUAACAACUCGCUCACAGUGUUACUCAGUGAGAAACAGAGGCAAGAAAAGCAAAAUAAAGGAAAGAAGAAAAAGAAAGGAGUUUUACCAGGAGGAGGUUUAAAAGCCAAGAUGAAAGAUGAUCUCGCUGAUUAUGGUGAAUUUGAUGGCGGUUACGUACAAGACUAUGAGGACUUCAUGUGACCCUGGCUGAAAAACCCAUCAUGUUCCUUGUUUGCUGAAACAUACAUCUUUACAGCAUGACCUCUUCCUACAGCCAGACCCACUUCCAGAGCCAUGCUGGACAGCUGAACGUCAUCCCAUGUAAAACACACUAGCCUAAGCUUAAGUGGUUUAUUCUCAGAAAGAUAGCAGUGUUUACUGGCCUAUAUUGACUGUAGGUCAUUCCAGUGUUUCCUGGGGAAAACUGAUAAAAGAGGUGUUAAUCCUCUUCUAAAGGUCUCUACCAGAAAGUAAAAAUGAAAACUGCAGAUGUCUGAGCAGCUUCACUAGAUAUUCUAUUAAAGAAUUGACAGUAUUACAUUUUGAAACUGCUACAACUUGGAAAUAAAUAUGACGUUCUAUGCAAAUAUCCAAAAAAGUCUAUAUGUCAUGUAUUUUUAUUACAUUUGGGCCUGUAUUUCUAAGUAGGCUGUCCUUGCAUUGUGAUAAGACCAAGCAUUAGAUGUUACUGAUCACAGCUUUUGCUGAAAGACAGCCCAUAAUGGAAGUGAUUGUCAUUAAAAGCAGUCACAUAUCUGUUGGAGUUGUUACACAAUUAUUUAAUUCUUAUUUCUAUUCUUAAGUGAUAGUGUACUGGUUUAUAUAGAUGCAUUAAACCUAAACUGUUGAGUAUAGUGUACCGAAUGUGAUAAAAGUGUUUUUCCAACUGCAGAUUCAGAGAAGGAAUACUUUAUACUCCAUGAGAAUCAUCAAACCAGCAACAUGCUGCUUUGUUUUGCAGAACAUUUGCAAAAUAUUCCAUGUUGUUAGCUGGAUUUCAACUUUGCAAAAUGUUCCUCUUGAUGUUUUCUAAAGUGGAUUUUGUCAACAUGUUAUAUUUGCAAUUUAUGUUUGUUUAUGCAGCCCCUCAUCUGAUCUUAACCAUGCAAGUGGGGAUGAUUUGUUACAUGAGAAUAUAAGAAUAUUAGUGUGGCUACUUUGCAAAAGACAAGAGUCUCUU